AUGCAUAAUAUUUCCUCAAGAACAGGCGCCAGAGGCUCAUUAUCGACGUAUCGGGAACAGGACAGUGAAGAUGAUGGGCUGCUUCGAUCCAUCACUCAGGAAACUACUCGAUCGCGCUGGGGCUCGGAAUCUACUGGCUUAGGCACCGGAAGCAGGAGAGGCAGUGUCCUCGAUGGUGUUGACAAGGAUAUUCGCCUCGGAUCGAUUAAGCGACCGGAGGAGAUACACUCUAUGGAUGACUUGCAGCGGGUUAGGGACCGGCGCAGCAGAGGAGAAGAGUACCUGCGUUCUGCACUAUCCGCCAUUGGAACUAUUGCCACCGAUGUUACACGCAGGUUGGACUACACUUAUUAUGGGCUUCUGGAAAAGAUUGCAGCACUCAACGUCACCGUCGCCUCUUUUCAGGAGCUAUCGGACACGGUCUCCAAGCUGUUUGACGACUUUCAACGAGAGACCACGGGUUUGGAGCAGGACCUCCGGAAACAGAUAGGCGACCUACACGAAUUCCAACCACAGGUGCAAAGGAUUGAAGCAUUGGAGAAACGAAUGAGGGACAGCAAGACAAGGGCUAAAGUGCUCGGCAACAGGUUAGAAGCAAUGCGGAACGAGGUCGAAAGAUGGGAUAAACGAGAGAUGGAAUGGCAGAUGCGAACGAAUCAACGGCUACGUAUAUUCCGGGGUAUCGUUACUGCAGCUAUACUAGCAGUCCUGCUCGCCAUUGUCUUCCAGCACUGGCCAAGCGACGAAACGACGCCCGGCUUUAGGGCAGUUCCAAAAGCCUUGAAACCCCCAAACAUUCCAUCCCAUGUACCUUUGCCGAAGAAAGCCGUUGCUCGGUCUAAAAAUUCGAAGGGCGAGUACACCAUGACUGCAGAGCCGUCUAUCCUUAUGGACAAUGGAAGCACAAUACAACCAGAUACGCCGACCUCGUCCGGAACAGAGGCAGCACCAAGGCCCCCGGAUUAUGACCCAUUACGAAUUCUUGAUGAAUUAUGA